AUGGCCUUCUCUACCCGAAGCAUUCAGUGGGGCACAGGCGCCCAUUUCCAAGCUACUGCACCCAGCGUCAGUGGUUUGACCUCCAGGAAAAUAGCCAUCCAGAAGUCUCAGGCACCCAGUGUCUAUGGGGGGGCUGGGGGCUAUGGCACCCGCAUCUCCUCCAGCACCAGCUAUGGACAAGGCCUUGGGGGGGGCCUCCAGCUCAGCAUUACUGGCAGCGACGUGCUGCUCUCUGGCAAUGAAAAAUCAACUAUGCAAAACCUAAAUGACCGGUUGGCUUCGUACCUGGAGAGGGUGCGCUCCCUGGAAAAGUCAAACUCCCUGCUUGAAAUGCAGAUCAAGGAGUGGUAUGAGAAGAAUACCACCCAUGUAAGGCAUGACUACAGUUCACACUUUAAAACAAUUGAAGAACUCCAAAUUAAGAUUAGUGCUGCACAGUUGGAAAAUGCAAGGCUUGUCCUGCAGAUUGACAAUGCCAAACUGGCUGCUGAUGACUUUAGACUGAAGUAUGAGAAUGAACACCUGCUGAGGCAAAGUGUGGAGAGUGACAUUAAUGGGCUGAUCCGAGUUCGCGAUGACUUGACUCUGUCAAAAUCUGAUUUGGAGUCACAGAUUGAGAAUGUGAAUGAAGAAAUCGUUUUUCUAAAGAAGAACCACGAGGAGGAAGUUGGCAGGCUGCAAAAACAGGUGGGCGGCUCAGUCAAUGUAGAGGUGGAUGCUGCUCCAGGUAUUGAUCUUGCAACUAUGAUGGAAAAGAUGAGACUGCAAUAUGAAGAACUGGCUGAAAAGAACCGCCAAGACGCCAAAGAGCAAUUUGAAAAGCAGACAGAACAACUGAACAAGGAAGUAGCAAUCAACAUUGAACAGCUCCAAGUCCAAAGGAGAGAGGUCACAGAGCAGAGACAGAUCUACCAGAGUCUGGAGCUAGAAUUACAGUCCCAGCUUAACAUGAGAAAGUCUUUAGAGGACAGUGUGGCUGAAACUGAGGCACGUUACAGCUACCAGCUGGCCCAAAUACAGGGAGCAAUUGCCAGCUUGGAGGCUCAACUGCGGCAGCUCCGCACUGACAUGGAAGCCCAGAACAACGAGUACAGCCUGCUGCUGGAUGUCAAGACUCGCCUGGAAAUGGAGAUUGCCACGUACCGCCGACUGCUGGAGGGAGAGGACAUUGGACAAUUCCAACUGGAAUCUACAGCAGAGGAAAAAGAAUCAAGUAAAAUUAAGAAGAUCAAGACAAUUGUCGAAGAGGUGGUUGAUGGCAAGGUUGUCGCCUCUCACGUCAGAGAGGUUGAAGAGAAGGUGUAA